UCAGUGAACUUUUGUUCUGGAGGAUUCUGGCCGGAAGUGCUGCUGUUAUUGAGAGAACGAGGGAAGGUGCCAUCACUUUCUUGCAGCUAUUUUCACUCAGAAUAAUACAACAUUUAAGCUGUAGGUAAACUAGAUCAUUGACGGUGUCCUACAAUGAUCAUCCCCGUCCGGUGCUUCACGUGUGGGAAGAUCGUAGGUAACAAGUGGGAGGCAUACCUCGGCCUGCUUCAAGCGGAGUAUACUGAGGGUGAUGCCCUUGAUGCCUUGGGCCUGAAGAGAUACUGUUGUCGAAGGAUGCUCCUAUCACAUGUGGAUCUUAUUGAGAAAUUGUUGAAUUAUGCUCCACUGGAGAAGUGAUUGCAACUGGCCUUCAAGAACUGCAUGGACUUUGUGGGACUGAGGCAUGGACAUAUUCAUGUUAGUAUGUUGAUGUGACAACAAAUGCCAACCACAGCAAAUACUUCUGGAACAUUCAUUUGUGCAACUAUUUGAUGCAUUCUUUUCUAAAUAAAACUGUGAACUGACAUGG